CUUUCCUUCCCACCCCACCCCCCCAGGAUGUCUGACCCUUAUGCCCAACACCCACACUACACUCCUCCUGGUCCUGGACCCGAGGCGAACUUUUAUGCGCCCGCAGAUAGCCUAUACCAAAACCCACCGUACGAUUACGAGUCCCAGCAUCCUUAUUCGCAGCAAUUUCCUCCGAAUCAAAGCGCCCAGUACGGCUCGCAGUAUGACUUAGCGCAAACACCGAGGUCCUAUCCCGCCCAAAUGUCGGGCCCGCAACAGGACUACCUCAAUCCAGCUUCUGCGGGAGGCUUUGAGCAAGAUAGAGAUCGUCGAGGAAGUAACGCUGAUUAUUACAACGCGUCCACCAACGAACAAGAUCAGCACUAUUCUCAAAGCUCUCAUCCCCACGGGGCCGACAAUACUUCCGACAAUGAGGGAACCGAGCGCAAUCUUGCAGGGGCGCUUGCCGGUGGCGCUGGAGGCUAUUAUCUGGGACACCAAAGUAACCAUGGCCUUCUAGGGGCAGUGGGGGGUGCGAUAUUAGGCAACUUCGUUGGAGACAAGAUGGAGGGUAAACCAGAAGAGGAUGAACAUCGGCAUCAUAGCCACCACCACCAUAGUCAUCAUGGCCAUCAUCAUCAUCACCGUCACAAGCAUCGUCACGGCCAUCGCCAUCAUCGUCAUCAUCGCAGUCAUUCUCGGCACAGUAGCCAUAGCGGCAGCUACUGAUAGGAAACUCUCUUAGGUUAUUUUAUAGAUCGCUUUAGUGAUGUUUUGCUGCUCUUUCAUUUGGGCGCGUACACUCCAUCUAUAUGCUAGUAACUUGGAUUAUUGUCCAAUAAUUCCCUCUGGCAUUCCUCUGAAAUCACGCGUGGUAAACUGCUAGUUACUUUUCUCCUUAUGUCAUUGUGGGUUUCAGGAAUCGACAGAUUUAUUGCGGCCUUUCUCAAUUUGUCAGUUUAUGUAACGGUCAAACUUGGCGAGGGAAAUGAAAAAUCAAUCGGAUGGUGGUGUUUUUUUUUUUUUUUUUGGGGGCUAGUUUAAACAAGAA